AUGCGCAUCUCUUACCUCGGGGCCAUUGGCGCCCUGCUCCGCCUGGCUGCCGCUUCCCGCAUUCAGCAACCUCUCGGCGCCGAGUCUUCUCCGCUGACGACUCACGGCCCGGCUGCCGGAACCUCCUCCAGCUCUAAUGUGAACUCCGACGCACCCACUUGGCGCCACGAUCUCCUGUCGUUGCACCGCUCUCUUAUUGAGAUCCCCUCGAUUUCCGGCCACGAGAGUGAAGCUGGCAGGUUCCUGGUCGAUUACUUGACUGGCCGCGGCUACGUUUCUCAUCUCCAGUUUCUGCCUCCCCGCGAUAACGACACGAAUGAGACCCCGCGCUUCAAUGUCCUGGCCUGGAAGACGGCACAGCGCCAGCCCAAGCCUCGUGUCGUCGUCACCUCUCACUACGACGUCGUGCCGCCUCAUAUUCCCUACGGCAUUUCCGAUGACAAAAUCACUCCCGAUACUCGUAUCAGCGGUCGGGGAAGCGUAGAUGCCAAGGCGAGCGUUGCUGCUCAAAUCAUCGCCCUCGAGGAUCUCUUCAGCCAGGACAAGGUCAAGGAAGAAGAUGUCAUGCUCGUCUUUGUCGUAGGCGAAGAGGAUACCGGCGACGGCAUGCGAUUCUUUUCCGACUCGCUGCACGAGGUUGAUCCCCCGCUUCAAUUUGAGUCGGUCAUCUUCGGAGAGCCAACAGAGAACAAGCUCGCCUGCGGUCACAAGGGCGGCCUCUUUUGCGACAUCAAGGCCAAGGGCAUCGCCGGUCACUCAGGCUACCCUUGGCUGGGUAAAUCAGCCAACGAGAUCAUGGUCAAGGCACUGGCCAAAAUCAUCUCGACCGACCUCGGAAGCAAUGAGAAGUGGGGAAACACCACCGUCAACGUUGGUCAGAUCGUCGGCGGCGUUGCCCAGAACGUCAUCCCCGAGGCCUCUCUCGCUCGUAUCGCUGUGCGCGUUGCCAUUGGCCCUCAAGCCGAUGGCGGCAAUAUCGUCAAGGGAAGAAUCCAGAAGAUUCUCGACGACACAGAUGCUGAGGAUUUGGAGAUGACUUGCACACAUGGCUAUGGUGUGGUGGAAGCCAACUGUGAUGUUGAGGGCUUCGAGACGCUCGUCGCCAACUACGGCACCGAUAUUCCGAACUUGAAGGGGUCGCACACGCCCUAUCUCUACGGGCCUGGCACAAUCUUGGUUGCUCAUGGCCGUAACGAGAACCUGACCGUUGCUGAUCUCGAGGAGGCUGUGACAGGCUUUCAGAAGCUUAUCCUGCAUGCCCUCAAGUAA